AUGGGAUAUCUGACUGAGGAAUCAAUAAAUACCUUAAAGAACCAUAAGUAUAAGGGAAGUCCAACCACUCCACUGAUGAAGCUUUUAGAUAAAAUACUGUGGAGUCCCCUUUCUAAGUUUAUUCCAAAUUCCAUAGCUCCGAACAUGAUCACACUUCUCUCGACCAUUUCCAUUAUGCUCGGUGCCAUUCUCUCCCUAUUCUAUAACGAUAUGCAAUUUGGGAAGAACUCUCCUCUUUGGGUAUGGCCAGUUGCUGGUCUAUGCCUAUGGCUGUAUGACACCCUCGAUAAUUUAGAUGGAUUACAUGCUAGAAGGACAGGACAAGGGUCUCCAUUAGGGCAGCUAAUGGACCAUGGUAACUAUUAUAUAGGACUUGAUAGCAGCUUCAAUACUUUUGCAGUAUCAUUCUUGAUUUUCCAAUGUGUAGGCCUGCAUGGUACAAGUGUAUGGAUUCCUGUGAUAAAUAUUUCAGUUCAGUCCAUCUUUUUCUACGCAGCCUGGGAAGAAAACUACGUAGGCUCUUUAAGAAUAAACCUUGGGUCUGUUGGAGUUGACGAAUUCGCGUAUAUUCAUAUUUUGCUGUUUGUUAUUACCUAUUUUGUGGGCUAUGACUUCUUUGAGACUGAAUUAUUCUCUGGAUUCCCUAUAAAAAAUUUUUGCGGACUAUACAUUUGCUUUAUGUAUUUUUUAUUUAGAUUUCUCUACAGUGCUAUCUGCUACACCGCUAAAACCCUGAAAUUUACCAAGUCUUUAGCUCCAUUACUUAAAUGGAUCCCUAUGUUCCAAGUUUAUAUUGGGACCGCUUUGAUUUACCAGACUGUGGCUUAUAGUAAAUAUACAUUAUUAUUUAUUAUUGACCAGUCUACACUAUUUGGAGUUCUCAGCGUAUGGAUGAUCAUUUGCAAUGUGUCCAAAGUGAAUUUUAGCUCAUUCCGUAUCGAUACUUCGCUAUAUCUGCUGUAUGCUAUUUUAGUAUACUCCGGGAUUGAUUUCUUUAACCAAUUUGAGGUCCAUUUAGUAGUUACAUUUGCUUUCGUUAUUUAUAUCUGCUAUUUCUUUUCUUCAUUGGUUUUAGAAAUUGCGAAUUAUUUAGAUAUUCCAGUUUUCACAGUUAAACAGAAAAAAUCUUAA